CCCAUUGGUCUCCAGUCAUGUGGCGCACAGGACUCAGAGGUAUUUACGUGGUGACUUGAGAUAACCGAGCCUCGUGAGCGCGCACGUACGAGACACACAGUUCCCACCCAUUGCGUCAGCGCGCUCCCCUCGCCCUCUCCGUCAGCGCGCGUGCUCCGUGCGGGAUGCUGAAUUGUAGGUGAUGAUGGCGGAAGGGGAGCAGCGCUGAGUUUCAUUUGAGUUCUUACCACAGCUGUAGAACCAUCUACAACAUCGUUUCUGUCCGUCGAGACCUAUCCCGAGGCGAUGGGGAACGAGGCCAGCAUGGAAGGGGAGGGACAGGCGGGACAACCCGGCCCCGCCGUCCCUGCUGCAGGGGCUCCGGCUUCCAUUUCAGCACCACCGGACUCUGGACAGCUCAUCAAGCCCAGCAAUGGAGCGCCAGCCGGAGGAAGUGGGGCUGCACCCGGGCCGGGGAUUAACAGACCGCCUCUGUCAGAUCCGGGACCUAAGGCGGGAGUCCAGAGUGGUCAUGGGACGGGGGACAGGUUGGCCUCCCACGACACCCCUCAGCACGGCGCACCUCAAGGAGAACAGGGCCAGGGUCAUGUGGCCAGGAAGAGUCUGCAGGUGGAUGUGGGUAGCAGCAGGACUGGGAGGUCCCCCUCCGUGUCCCCUGACCGAGGCAGUGUCCCCACCUCCCCUUACUCUGUGCCACAAAUUGCCCCCAUGCCCAGCAGCAAGUUGUGCCCCGUCUGCAAAACCACCGACCUGAUGGGCACCGGGGAUGACAAGCCGAGCUUCAACACCUGCACACAGUGCCACUGCAUGGUGUGCAACCAGUGUGGCUUCAACCCCAACCCUCACCUCACAGAGGUUCAGGAGUGGCUAUGUCUGAACUGUCAGAUGCAGAGAGCGCUGGGGAUGGACAUGACCACACCACGCUCCAAGAGUCAGCAACAGAUACAUUCUCCUUCUCAUGCAGCCAAACCAGAACUUAAACUCGAUCCUGUGACUCAGCCUACACCCCAGACACAGACCCCUCCUCAGACACAGCCUCCAGGACAGGCCCAUCCAGCGCAGGCCCAUCCGGUGCAGGCCCAUCCGGUGCAGGCCCAUCCAGGAACCGGCCCUAUGAAACAGACUGGUCCAGCUGGCCCAGGUCAGCAACAUGUAAAGCCCCCUCCAGGGGCAGUCCCUCUCCCUGGAAUGGCCAAAGCACCAUCCCAGCCUGAUCUAUCCCGCAACUCUCCCGCCCACCAGCCCCACCACCCCCGCCAGGACCAGACUCGCAGUGCUGGGAGCUCCCCUUCACGACAGCCUCCCCCUCCAGAGCAGACUUUUGGAAAGUUGUUUGGCUUCGGUGCUUCUCUUCUCAACCAAGCCAGUACUCUCAUAUCUGAGACUACUCAGCCCCAACAACAGCCCCCCAAACCGGCCCCCAAACCAGGAGGACCUCCUGGUCCAGGGCCUGGGGCAAGUAAACCCUCAGGACCUCAGCCUGUGCAACAAGGGCCUCGAGCCCCUGCUCCGCAGCAACAACAACAUGUUCCCCCGGACUCCUCUAAACCCAAAGCUUGUUGUCCUCUCUGCAAGACAAACCUCAACAUCGGCAACACAGCAGAACAACCCAACUACAACACCUGCACACAGUGCCACCAGCAGGUGUGCAACAUGUGUGGAUUCAAUCCCACUCCACACCUAGUUGAGAAGAAAGAAUGGCUCUGCUUGAACUGCCAGACACAGAGGGCUCUGUCAGGAAGCUUGGGAGAUAUUCCAGCUCCUGGUCCACAGCCAUUGGGAUCCCCCCGGCCACCUGCUACAGCCAAUCAACAGCCACCUCAGCAGAAAGGGCCCAAUCAACUCUCAGGGCCUAGGCCCACUGGUCCCCUACAACAACAGAAACCAACGGGUCCCCAAGUAAGUGGCCCUGUUUCUCCUGUCAAACAGGCUGGGCCUGCCCCUCAGGCCAAGGGCCCCAGCCAAGUUUCCCCUCAAACUAAGGGCUCUGCCCAACCUAAGGGUUCAACUCAGCCACAUUCUCAAUCAAAGGGUCCAACACAACCCUCAGCUCAGAGUAAGGGACCUCAAAUUAAAGGUCCAAAUCAAUCACAAGCUCCAAGUAAGGGCCCUGUUCAGUCUGCUAACCAAACAAAGGGCCCGGGCCAGGCCAAAGGGCCAACUCAGACAAAGGGAUCUGCUCAGCCCUCUGCGCAGACUAAGGGUCCUUCUGGUGCCAAAGUGUCAUCUACCCCUGGUAAAGCUGCACCCACACAUGCCAAGGCCUCUCCCAACCAAUCAAAAACAGCACCCACUCAGUCUAAACCCACAGGUAACAACCAGGCCCGCAAACAGCCGCAGAGCCAGGAGAAGACUAAAGUCAUGUCUAAAUCUCUAAAAGAAGACGUCAAGGCCUCACCAAAGAAGGCUUUGUCAGAGACUAUCACUUCACCAAAAGACACGAAGAUAACUGAAGAUGCAAAGAAGUCAAGACACCAUGAAGAUUACAACAAAUCAAGUACACAGAGUUUAAGUGACACUGGAUACUCCUCAGAUGGGAUCUCCAGCUCUCAUGGGGAGAUUACAGGCCAGAUCCGUGAAGAAGGAAUCAAGCUCAGUGAACGAGGCGCUUCCAUCCCCUCAGAAAUCACCAAGCUAGAGAGUUCUAUGAAGCCUCUGCUAGAGUCAAAGACUGUUGCAGAUGGGAAGCACAGGCCACAUUCACUGUCUGUAGGACAGGACAGGGACUAUAGUCCUGAGGAUGAUGCAGCACGAGAAGAAUCAGAGGAUGAACUAAGUUGUAAGCUUCGCCAUGAUUAUGUGGAAGACAGCAGUGAAAGUGGUCUCUCGCCAUUGCCAGUAAGACAGAAAAAGUCACAUAAAGAGUUAACAGAUGAGGAAUUUAUGAGGAGGCAAAUUAUGGAGAUGAGUGCUGAUGAAGAGGAGUUAGAAGAACAAGGAACCCAGAAGACCAAAAAGGGACAUAAAACCAGUGGGGAUUUGAGCAAAGAGAGACGGCGACUCUCUCAGCAUUCAAAUAGUUUUGAGGAUGACACCAAAACAUCAGAUAAGGCAAAUGAAGAGGAAGAUCUUGUAAUGGCUGGAGGCCUUCGGCGUUUUAAAACUAUUGAGCUAAAUAACACCAACAGCUACAACCGAGACAUGGAGCUCAGUACUGAGCAUGACCUACGAGAGCCUGAGCUAGAGAUGGAGAGUCUGACUGGUUCCCCUGAGGAACGGUCCAAGGGAGAGUAUUCAUCGACCCUACCUGCCACCACUCCGAGCUACACUUCUGGAACAUCCCCCACAUCUGUGUCAUCCAUGGAGGAUGACAGUGACAGCAGCCCUAGUCGUAGGGCAAGACUAGAGGAGGCAAAGCAGCAGAGGAAAGCUCGACAUCGAUCCCAUGGGCCUCUGCUGCCAACCAUUGAGGAUUCAUCUGAAGAGGAUGAGCUCAGAGAAGAGGAAGAACUACUUAGAGAACAGGAGCAGAUGAGAGAUCUUGAGCAACAGAGGAUCCGAAGUACUGCUCGAAAAACAAAGAGGGAUAAAGAGGAGCUGCGUGCACAGAGACGCAGGGAAAGAUCCAAAACUCCCCCUAGUAAUCUCUCUCCUAUUGAGGAUGCAUCACCAACAGAAGAGCUGAGACAAGCUGCAGAGAUGGAGGAGCUUCACAGAUCAUCAUGCUCUGAAUACUCACCAUCUAUGGACUCGGAGGCAGAGGGCUUUGAGAUGAUUGGUGGGAAGCUUUACAAAUCAGGAAAUGAAUAUAACCUUCCAACCUUCACAUCACUCUACUCCCCCACAGAAAAGACAUCAGCAAUGUCACCAUCUGAUAAAACACUCAAAAGUGCAGAAGAGGUCUAUGAGGAGAUGAUGAAGAAAGCACAGCUCAUGCAAAGGCAAGGGCAGCAGAAAGGUCAGCCUGACAGUAAACAUAAUCUUGAAGCAGGAACUUCCCUGACCCCUGGCUCAAGCCCAACACAGGUUACUGCACCUAUGUCCUUCUCCACAACAGGGAGUGAUCCAAGAAUUCCAGGAAUUCAUGCAGCGCAGCAUCUAUCAAAAGAAACACAAAAUAGGAUGAUGACACAGAGUGCCAAAAUUGAAGGUGUUGUUGGAGUUGCCACAACCAAAGCCCAAGUCAGUCAAACUGCCACACCUCGACAAGCAGGUAGCACAGUGCCUGCUGGCAGCAGACCAGGCUCCCAGAGGCCAACACAGGCAUCACCUGACUCUGGAGCAUCCUCCCUUAGCUCAAAAGUCUUUUCCCUUUUCAAAGGUCCAAGUCCCCCAGUCUCCCCAAAAACUUCUCCAACACAAAGCCCAACUCAUGCGCCAUCUGUAAGACCAACUAGUGGUAGUGGCAGGCAGCUGCCAUCUUUGCCUGGUGGCACUACAUCAACUGCAGUGUCCCAUGGAGCUCAGCCACCUCAAAGGGCAGUUUCACCACGUCUUGCACGACAGCAGUCCUCUCAGGAUUCACCAGUGAUGGUGAUAACACUAGGAUCUGAAACAACAAGUCCUGCCAAGCCACUUACUGUAAAUUCUUCUACUUCCCCUUUGUCAUCACCAACACAGGUCACUUGUAAAACCUUGUAUGGCUCCCAGCCCCAUUCCACAAGUUCCCCAACAUCACCACAAAUGCAUCCAUCACAGUCUCCAAAACAUUCUCCACAAAUGGCUCAAAAUGUUGAAAAGGUUAAUGUUGGUAUUAGCACCGUAACCACAGCGGCAUAUAGUCGUGGAUCUAUGGAAAAUAUAUCUCUCUGUAAAAUCUCAAAUAUUCCAAGCACCAGUGUGGUAGAUCUGAGAGCCCCAGUGAGGCCAGCUCCAAUUAUAAUAACAGACCAGGGGAUGGACCUGACAUCCCUUGCCUCUGACACGAGAAGAUACUCUUUAGGAGCUGAGCAGUCAUCUGGUCGACACACAGCAGUACAACCCCUUAUUAUGAACCUGAAUGCACAAGAGCAACCGCAUGUAUCUUUAUCAACACCAACCACAGUUAGCAUCACAGUUGCAGGUACAAUGUUCAUGUCCCAACCCAAGACACCAGUUGUGUAUGGAGAUCCUUUGCAAAACCGUGUGGAUUUGGGGCAGGGUGUUGGAUCAGCUGUGUGUUUAACCCAGAAUAAGCCGAUAGUUACUGACCCAUCUAUUCCCAAAAUUGAUGCCUGUCUGGAGAACCUGGGUUUACAACAGCAACAACUGCAGUUGCAGCAGCAGAAGCUCCUCCACCAGCAACAGCUUCUUGAGCAGCAGCUCCAACAGCACCAACAGCAAUCCUCUUUUGCUCGUUACAAUUUAGCUAAUCAGGUCCAGCCACUACUGAUGAAAAAAGACCUUGUAGUGAGCCAGACAACCAGUGCCCAGGCUGUAGUAACUGCUAGUGCCAUUCCUAAAGUGUCCCCUCUGGCUCCACCAUCGGUGUCUGGGGCUCCUGCUUCUAAUGCACCCCACGAAAUCUAUGGUGGAGUUGCCUUAGAGCUAAAAAACAAGCCAACAGUAAUGAAUUUGUCCACGGGUAAGCCCCACGUUAUGAUGGUGCAACUUGAUGAGAGCAACACAUCACAGGGCGCCACAGUGACCCAACUGGUAGAGCGAGAGGAACCUCCUCCACCUCCUCAGGUCUUGGAUCUUACUGGACAGAUCAAACCGGAAAAUCAGGUGGCUUGUUGUGAUGUUGUUUACAAAUUGCCCUUUGCUGGUUCAUGUUCAGGGUCAUUCACUCAAAAGCCUACAACUGUAUCUUCAGAUAAUAAUCCCACCACUGAAACCUCUCAAGCAGCCCAUCCUCCCCAUCCACCACACUACAGUGUCAGUCAACAACAACAACAACUACAACAACAACAACAACAGCCUCAAGCCUCACAAGGAGGGACAGAGGAACAUAAACCAUAUCAACCACCCACAGUCUCCUUAGGAAGAAUACAACCCUCCAUGUCUGAUACUAAUCUGCCAUCUGCGACUGAUGCUGGUCACUUUCAGAGUAAUGUCCAGGGGGGUCUGGCAGUAGAUCUUAGUAGCAUGAGUCAAGCUUAUGAUGGUGGAUACCUUGGCAUGGGAGCACAGUACGGAUCUUACACAGACUUGCGUCAGCAAGGAGAUUUUGCAGCCCCUUCAUUACCCCUUCGCCGAUAUGGCUCCAUGUCAAAUAUCAAUUCAGAAUAUGCCUAUGGUUCACGUGACCUAGCAGCAUCACAGGACUCCAAUCUCGCUCAGUACAGUGCAACCACUGCCAGGGAGAUCAGUCGCAUGUGUGCAGCUCUCAACUCAGCGGACCAGUUUGGGAGCCGGUAUGGAAAUAACCCUGAACUUGGGCCAUAUGGGGCUGGAAGAGGUGGACCUUUAGCUCGGCUAAAUCUCCAGCAAAGUUUAGCAUCAAUUAGAGCUAACCUGCUAUAUGGCCCCGAUGGCAGACCAACAGCAAAUGGUCAAACCCUAACAAACCUAAUAAAUGCUAGACAAGCAAGUUUACGCGCCUUGUACCCUGCUGCUAUGAGAGGAGGUGAUGGCAUGAUAUAUUCCACCAUAAACACUCCCAUAGCUUCUACCUUGCCAAUUACCACCCAGCCUGCCUCUGUCCUGCGUCCCAUGCCUAGAGGAAUUUACAGACCAUACCCAACAGGUGUAACUGCUGUACCAUUGGCAAGCCUUACUAGGUUGCCUCAAAUGACUCCCAGAAUGCCUCUAUCUACACAGGGACCAUAUUCCUACCCUGCUCCAAACCAGUACCCUACAUCAGCCACACUAUCAGGAAGUGUUCCUGAUGUAAGCAGCUUACAUCAGGAAACUCCCAUGUACCUUGGAAAGCCUUUAACGACAAUUGCUGCACAAUCAGCUGCAACCAUUUCACCAAACCAACCUGUAACACAGUUAGGAUCACAAAAUGUACCAGCAACUGGAAUGCAAACCACAGCAGAUCAACAGACAGGCCACACUCAACUGCCCUCACAGAUUGGUACAUCCCUCUCUCAAGGUCAAGGCCAACCUCCAACUGUCCAGCAAGUACAGGCCCCAAUGCCACCACAGCAGUUACCUGCUCAGACUGAACCUUUAUCUUUGACUCAAACCCAACCUCAAGUGCAACCAAUUAGUCAACCUCAACCAUUAGCGCCACCACAGGUCCAGCCACAAGCGACACCCCAAGGUACUGCCCUAGCGCCAACGUCCAAUCUUUCUCCUCCUACAGAUGCCCAGAAAGGUAUGGAAGAUGAGAGACUGAGUCAGCAACAAGAGCAUGUGCUGCAGCUAGAGCGAGAGUGUGUUGAACUAGAGAAAUUACGGCAGCUGCGUCUACAUGAGGAGCUUGAGAGAGAUCGUAUGGAGCUGCAGCGACACCGAGAAAAAGAGCAGCUACUUGUUCAGCGUGAGAUUCAAGAACUGCAUACAAUCAAACAGCAAGUCCUACAGCAACAGCAAGCAGAGAGGGAGACACAGCUCAUAAUGCAAAGAGAACAACUGGCCCAGCAAAGAAUGCAGCUUGAACAAAUUCAGUCUCUGCAGCAUCAGCUCCAGCAACAGUUGGAGGAGCAGAAAAGACAAAAGACAGCAGCAGUGGAAGCAGCGGCAGCAGCUGCAGCAGCAGAGGCAGCCGCUGCAUCAGCAGCAGCGGCAGCAGCAACAUCUGCCCAGGGUACUUUGCAGGGAGUAGUUGUUGGAGGAGGGCCCAAUCAAGGUUUCAUUAUUUGUGACCAGAGUGGUAGAGUUAUUCAACAAGAUGGACAGAGUGUUCAAUUUUGGCAGGAUGGGCAAGUGGUUCAAGCCGUUGUGUCUGCUAGGCCUAUUCAUAGUUCUGCCUCUGAAAUGUCUUUGAAAAGCAGUGACAAAGAAUCCAAGACUAUGAAAAAGCAGAAUUCCAUGCCUCGGUUGAGGGAUGGCUCAGAAGAGGACUCUGUGAAAAGGAUUACGGACAGCUGUGUGCAAACAGACGAUGAAGAUGGAGAGGAAAGAUUCAUGAACAGGCGUAGGAGAACAAGACGUAUUGCAGACUGUAGUGUGCAGACUGAUGAAGAGGACCAGGGAGAAUGGGACCAGCAGCCAGUAAGGCGCAGACGAUCACGUGCAUCCAAGCACUCUGAAUCCAGUGGUGAAACUAAAUCAGAUGGGUCAUCUAAAGUGGCUUCCUCAAGUAUAGCUAUUCAGACCACAAAUGAUUCGUCAUGCCAAACAGAGCCCGACCAACUAGGCAGGAUUUCUCCUGCAAUCCACAUUACCAUGGCAGAGACCUCAAAGGUUGAUCUGUUACAUUACAUAGCAGCUCCUGAAAGGACCCACAAAGGAGAGAGUCUGGCCUGCCAGACAGAACCAGAGUCUCAGUCACAGGGUGUGGUCGCCCCUCAGCUGAGUGUCCCUACAACGAUCAGUCCGUACUCCACAAGUCUUCAUAUAGUAGGUGCGAACACAUCUGACCCAACCUCUCCUAGACUCCAAGGAGUUGCUAAGUUUGAGAGGAGGAAACCAGAUCCCCUGGAAAUUGGCUACCAGCAACACAAUGAGUCUCCAUCCCGCCACCCUCCCAAAUCUCCCCAGGUGUUAUACUCCCCUGUCUCCCCAUUGUCUCCUCAUCGCAUGCUGGAGACAACAUUUGCCUCCCAGGAGAAACUCAACAAGGCCCAUGUUACACCACAGCAGAAGGCCUUUACUGCUGAAUCACCCCAACGCCACCAAACCCUACCAAGACCUAUAAAAAGUGUGCAGCGCUCCAUGUCGGAUCCUAAGCCUCUCAGCCCCACAUCAGAAGACCCUGGCAAGAACAGGUUCUCCCCAUAUCAUCAGCAAGCCUUGUCUAACAGUCAGCAGAUGGCCUCCCUGCAGCAGCAGCAGAACUCUCUGAUGAGGAAAGUAAAGAGGACUCUUCCCAGCCCCCCUCCAGAGGAGAGUCCACUCCCCAUCGUUACUCCAGCACAAAUGUACAGCUCUCCCGGCAUGCCCCAGAGGGUCCUACCCAGACCUGCUCAGGGCGUCACCAAGGCUGGCCUGCUGAGCGAAUUAAAGGCUGUGGAACAAGAGUCUUCGAAACUCCGUAAGCAGCAGGCUGAAUUGGAGGAAGAGGAGAAAGAGAUUGAUGCCAAGCUACGUUACUUGGAGCUUGGGAUCACCCAACGUAAGGAGACCAUGGUGAAGGAAAGAGAGAGGAGAGAGCUGGCUUACAUGAGAUGUAUGGGUGACGCUCGGGACUACAUGUCAGACACUGAGCUCAAUAACCUCAGGAUGGCAGCUGCACAAGGAACCUUUGAUGCUAAUGGUCUGCUGACAAGACCCAGCACUGCGCCAUUGAGUCAGUUUACCAAUGACCUCAACGCAACCUCCCAGUAUCCUUCAACAUCAUCUUACAUGUCUUAUCCAUACCCUCAAAGUCAACCAUCAACACAGCAGCAGGGCUCUGCAUACCAGCAGAUAGGUUUCCAACCUCCUCAGUACCCUUCAUCCUCUGCACCCCAGCCAGGAACAUUCCAGCCCCAUCCUCCACCAGGCCCAGGCUACCAAAACCAGGGAACCUAUCCCUCCCGCAUGUAUGGCCAGUCCUCCUACCAGACAGAUCUUGGCAUGCAGCAGCAUGGUCACCAGGGUUUCCAUCCACCUGGUCAGCCUAUGCCAGCCCAGAGCCUUCCUUACCCCAGUCACAGCUCUUACCAGCCUGGUCUCUCUUACCAGCCUCAGGCAGAAAUCCUUACAGUCCAUCAAAGACCUCGGCAGACAUCCUUAGCUGACCUUGAGCAAAAGCUCCCCACCAACUAUGAGGUCAUCAGCAACCCAGCAGUGUCAGUGGCCACAUCAGCUCCAGAUAGCAACUUUGGCUCAGUUUACAGCAACGCGUAUGGUCAAUACCGCCCCCCUGAGCCUGGCCUGACACAUGGUGUGGAGAGCCCCACCUCUGCUUAUGCUUCAGAUGGACUGUACACCUCUAACCUUGAGCAGAAUAUUCCACGGAACUACGUCAUGAUUGAUGACAUCAGUGAGUUGACCAAAGACAAUGCUGGCCAAGCCACUGAUGCUCUUGGCCAUCCUGUAGGAGGGCGAUAUCGCAGUGAGAAUGGCCCUGCACGUGGCAGUGCUUACGGUAGGCCAGAAGAUGAGCCUGUGGAUGCUUAUGGCAGACCUACAGGUACAACGGGUUACAGUACAGUGGAUAGUCGUACCAGCACCACAGUGAGUGGUGGCUCUUCGUAUUAUUAUGAUGAUUAUAAACAUUCAUCGAGGAGCAACUCGAGUAGCCACAAACUCACGCCCAAGAAUCUAGCCCCUGCAGUCGUCUCCUCUAAACGUAGUAAGCACAGGAAGCAGGGGAUGGAGCAGAAAAUUUCAAAAUUCUCCCCUAUUGAGGAGGCACGGGAUGUGGAGUCUGACCUUGCCUCUUACACGAUGACGACAUCAACAGGAGGCAGCUGUACAGUUGUGUCCAGAUCGAAGAAGCAUCAGGAUGACGUCACCUAUGGGAUGAAGAAAAAUGCAUAUGAUCAGCAGAAAUAUUACGGCACCAGUCGUGAGGGUCUUGAGGAGGAGGACCGCAUGUACAGCUCUGGGAGGUCAAGGUCAACUGGAUAUGGUAUGGACAAGAUUUCUUCUAGGGACGCCACAGGCCACAGAAGUAAAUCCUAUGAGAGGGAUGCCAUGGAGCGGUCUCAGAGAAGCAGCCGCAGUGGAAGGCCUCCAAUGCGCAACCAGAAUUCAGAAGAGGAGAGCCCUCUCAGUCCUGUUGGGAAGCCUGUAGGCAUGGGAAGAGGCACUGGCAUAGCAGACGCCCAUGACGUGAGGAACCAGUACGGCUCCAGCCACUCGUUGCCAGAUGUGCAGGAUCAUCACAAGAAGGACCUGCCUAGGAGUCAUGUCUAUAAACCAGAUGACCCUUACCUCGUAGAUGACAUGCACUGUGCUGUUUCUGACAGUGAAGCCUAUCAUUUGGGCCAAGAAGAGACUGAUUGGUUUGAGAAGCCACGGGAAGCCCGUUCUGAUCGCUCAAGACAUCAUGGUGGUCACUCAUCCACAGGUAGGCGUAGUAAACACACCUACCAUGAUUAUGAUGAACCUCCAGAGGAAUACUGUCCCCAGGAUGAAUACAACCAACAACGCCACCCCUCCUCCACAACAUCACGAGACCACCGUCACCACAGUGGCAGCAGCUCUGGCAGACACAGCUCUUCUCGCCACUCCUCAGAGGAUCCUAGAACCUCCCGCUCCUCCAGGACACAUCCCAAAGACCCAAAUGCCCGCACUGAUGGCAGAAACUCCACAUCUGCACAAAGACGAAGCGGUCCGGAUUCCCGCUCCGCCCAGGCAAGUCCCCGGAACUCAGGUGAAUUCUCCCGAGACCCAGCCUCUGGUCAUCACCAUGGCACUGGGGGACGGAGCCAGAGACCCCAAGGAGAACGCACAACCUCCAGAAGGCAGGACCCCUCUGCAGCCGGGCCUAAACCACAGCAGCAGCAGUCCCCUCAGAGCCAUGCUGGGCAGCAGCGGUCAGGUGGUCAGGGCCAGUCUGUGAGACAUCCAGCUGAACCACUUGAUGGCACCCAGCAGGCCCAGCAGCAGCAUCAACAGGGUCCACAACAACAGCAGCAGCAGCAGCAGCAGCAGCAGCAGCAGCAGCAGCAGCAGCAGCAUCAACAACCACUGCCACACAGCCAGGCCCCGCAGAGCAGCCAGCCUACAACAACCACCGCAGGAGCAGGACCACCACAGCAGCACCCCAAAUCUGGCCAAGCCCCAGCACAGGGACGCCAACCAGGAGGAGGGUCUGCAGCAGGGCAGCCAGCCACAACAGCUGCAAAAAUGGAUGCUCCACCUGCAGCAGCUGCCACAGGACUGAAAACUACAACAGGAGUCCCAGCAGCUCCGCAGCCUACUAAAAUAGCUACGCCACCUCUAACAGGCAUCGGCUCCAAGGCAGCCCCUGUUGGGAUCGGUAGUAAACCUGGAGGUAUUGGCAGCGCUGCAGCAGGACAGCCGCCUGCUGAAGGGGACAAUGUUCUCACCAAAAUCCUGCAAGGAGGGGCAGCAGAGCAGGCGGGGAAACUGGGUGAUGCUUUGUCUGGCCUCGGGAAGAAGUUCACUUCAUUUUGGUGAACUAAAGAGAGGAGGGGUAUGCAGAGCUGAAAUGAGAUGGAUUGGUAGCUCUGUACUUGAAAAACCUAUGAAACUUCAUUAAAUACAUUUCAAAUGACAGAUGAACAAGAGGAAGUGAGAUCCUGAAUGCAUCAAGCUGGAAUCAAAGGAUGCCUUGUCAGCACUGAAUUCCCCAGACAUGGGCACGCGAUUGAAGUGAAUUAAAAAAGGCUGAUGCAUCGUCAGCACGGUGUUACAAGACACGAGCAGAGGACUGAAGAGGCCUGUAAGUAAGUGGAUGCCUUCAGAGAACUACAGUCCCAGAAUGCUGAUUGUGGAAACGUCUUAUGCCUCAUCAGACCAAUGGAUGACAACAACGUUCAAUAAUGAGGAUGCGGUGAAGCGGAGGAGAGAGGGGGAGGGAGGAUGCAAGUCCUGCUUCCCCUCCUCUCCUACACAAGCCUCCUGGGAUCUGUGAGACAGUAAAAGAGCCACUAACUGAGGCACUUGGAUAUCAUGGGAGAAUUUCAGCGUGUUUGCAUGCCUCAACAGCUCAAUAAAGGAAGCCCCACAGUGCCCUCUACGGGAGAUUAGGUGAAACCCCACUCAUGUCUGAGGACUACACAUCUGGCAAGGAUAUUUGAUUCUACAUUGAUGUCUUCAGGGUCUUUUCAAGCAAAAUACAUAAAAAAGAAGAAAAGAAGAAGUCAGAUUUUCAUAGGUUUUUCUGGUACCAAAGAUACCUGUCUUAGCCCACAAUGACACCACACAUGGAGUAGACGAGGUGUAUCACGGCAAUGACAACCAACCUGACAACUCCACCACAAUCCUCGAAUGCUUGGUUUCUCCGAUCUCUACAGUACAUUCCAGUAUAGGGAAUUUGACCCUUUCUUUGAAUGUGUUUUUAUUUCUCCUCUUUUUGUUUUGAUGUCUACAGAAUGCAUUGUGUAAACGUGGACAUGAGAAUGCACGCACAACUAUGUCAAAAAAACUGAAAAAAAAGAAGCCCAUAUCAAAUACUUUUCCACCACCUAUGAGAUGCCACUAGUCAUUAGCUGUAGGUUUUUAGGGAAGGGAAUUACUACCGGUGUGCCCACAAAGUGUGAGAUUCACACAGAUGAGAGGACCAAAUGAAAGAGUGGCCACGGCUCUUUAUCAGCCAUCGCAAAGCCAUUGUUAUAGUCAGCCCCAGAGUUGACUGUAACACUCUGGGGCUGACUAUAAAAAGGAUAAAGUCCCUUAUGGGGUUUUUAUCCUUUUUAUUGAUUUGUCUCAUCUUUUAGUUUCUUUUCAUUUUUGCCUGAUAUUCACUGAAUGGAAGAGCCUUAUUCAGUACAUGUUUUUACUUGUAUACCUCACAUGUUUUAAAAUGUCCAUGUCAUCAUGCAUUUCUUUUUACACAACUGUAUACUAUUGUAUGUACAUAAAAACAAAUCAGAGAUCUAAUUAUGUAAAGUUGUCAUCUGUGUAUUUAUGGAAUCACUCUCCAGUGACUUUCUUUUUUUUGUUGUUGUUCUGUGUUUUUCUUUGGUAAAACUUUAUAUUUUUCACUUUUUAUUUGUUUGAAUCUGUUUUCUUGCAUCAAAUAAUUUGCUUGUUGAUUUUUAAAAGCAAUAGCAUGCAGAAAAUGGUAUAUAGCACAAUCGUAUAAAUGUUGUUUAAAUUAGUGAUGGGAAAUGUCAAACACAUCUGUCGAUAAAUAGCCGUAAUACAAUUUGUCAGAGGGUUUACAACCACAGUACCGCGUCCAGACGUGCAUGUGAAGUGCAGAUGCACAUGAGCAUGCCGACAGGUACAAACACAUUCACACAGACACACACUCUCUCUCUAUCUCUUGCAAACACUCACACACACACAUGCACAAUGCACACAUAUACUUCACAUUAUACACUUUGCAUCCUAGCUACACGUCAGAGCCAAGGUUAAUUGUGUUCUCCACUGAAUAGACCUGUUAACUUCCUGCUGAUUAAUGAGGUUACUAAUUUACCCACAAACUAAUCUCACUAACAAGCUGGGCCCACUGCCUCUAUUUGUGCAAAGACACACACACACGCACACACACACAUACCGACACACACACACACACACACCGACACACACACACGCGCGCGCACAUACACACACACACACAGAUAUAGGAGAGGAUGAAAGCAAUUAUCAAUUCAAACGUUCUAUGCAAUGACUGAUUUUGAACCUGGAAGUGAUUCAGCCUAAAACAGUUUAUUAUCAUCACUGUAUUCACAAGAAAACAACAAAAUUAUGAACUAAAAGAGUUAAAAAAAGAAAAAAGAAAAAAAGAGGUCAUGAAAAUGUUUUUACUUAGCAACUUGUCUGUAUGAAUUUGAAUAUUGAAUAUUGAUCUAGAAUUGUUUUUAUUUUCGUGGCAUGUUUUGACCCCUCACUACCCCCUCUGUCGGGGGACUUGUUGCCAAAGGGUAAACUGUGUAGACUGUCAGUUUUGAAUGUCCACCAUCAUGUUGCUUUGAAGCAUGGGUUUGCUUGGCUUUGUCUGGCUGUUUGUAAGCCCUCAUUGAGUUUUUCGUGCGUUUUUUGGCUGACCUGGGCUCCUCAGUGUUUGGCUUGCAGUGACUGUCUGUGCUGCUAUAAACCUGUGAUACAGAUGGUCAGCACUUCUCAUUAAUACUUGUCAGUGUACAUAUUGGGUGUCAGUAUAACCUGUGGGGUGAAUGGAAUGCUUCUAUCGGAUAUUUCAUUGUUGAUUAAACCACUCAGCAGCCAAGCCAUUGGACAGAUGCAUGAUUAGAUCUUAUAUUCUUGGAAUUAAAAAAAGGUAAGGCAUGAUUUCACCAAGGUUUGCCUAACGAACCUUGACUUUCACAGGCCAACGUAGAGAAUAUUGAUGAGUGAAAAUGUUCAGCCAGUCAUUCACAAAUCAGGGCAUGUCAUUUUGAAAGCACAAGCCUGACUGGUAGCACUCGCUGAUCACUGAAGUGCAGAAAUGUGGAGGUUGCGUAAGUGCCUCCGACGGAACAGUGUAAGAUCUGUAUCAAAAUAAGAGGUGGAGACACUAUCUGGUCGAUAUGAGGUGCAUGAGACAAAACAGCCUUCGGUGCAGCCGUCCGAUUGACAGAAAAGCAGACAGACACACAUUCUUAUUGUAAAUACAAAGUCAUUCUUCUGUACAGCUUUUGAGUUUUGAGUACGGCUGUCAUGUGCAUCCCCAUGCCGUAUUUGCUGCCAACUUUUGUGUAUAAAAAGAAUAUUUAUUACCACAAUAAUGAGGAUGAUGAUGAAACUAAUGAUGAUGAUUAUUCUAAUUAUUGCAUAAGCAUAGUGUAUGUGGCUGACUUGUAUUGACUGUUUACAACAGUGGAACAAAACUCGUAUUCAGAAACAUAUCCAGUCUGUGUAUAGUUUCUAUACAUAUCGUGCUUGUAAAACAAGAAGAAAAAAACCUCCAACAAACAACUGCAGAGUAGAAUGUCUUGUCAGACUAUCAGGAGGUCUUCAGUUUGAUGGAUGUGAUCUGCGAGGUGAAGAUUGGAAAGGGAAGGGGAAAAAAAAUGAAUCAAAAAAUCUGGAAAAUGUCAUUCACUGUUGUAAGUGCAAUGGGCAAAACGUCAGUCGUGUAUCCAUUGUGAAACCUUGUGUUCUAUUCAGUGUAUUCCUGUAAACAGAUAGAGUAAAUUUUGGUGCAUCAUGUCAAGUAAUGUGAUUAAUGAAAAUAUUGACCCUGCAAUUUCCAAACAGAGAGAAGAAUAAAAAGAAAAGGAAUA